UGCAAUUGCCGCCUGCGCUGGACGGGGAAUGGGCGGAUCGCGGUGCUCGUGCUCUUGUGGUAGGCAGUCGCGUAUGUGAGAUCGGAGGGGGCGGGUGUGACCGGGAUUUAUUUACCCCAAAUCGCCAUCAGACUUUUCCCAAUAUCCCUGUCAUCAGAUGCGGUACUGGUGCUUACGAAAGGCGCUGGCGCGUGAGUCGGGACUGGAUUGGAUAUCUACAUUCCACUGGGGGAAGACUAAAUCCAACGGAGGAGGUUUAGAAUGACAGCAUAGAAUGAAAAGGCCCACUGCAAGAUGAGUGAUAAGAGCUCAAGAGAGGUGUGGCAGGCCGGCCAGAAGGUGAUCGCCCGCUACAGCUUCACGGGAAACUCGCCCGACGACCUGCCCUUCCAGAAAUGGGACGCGCUCACCAUCGUGACGCCGACGCGCGAUCCCAACUGGUACAAGGCGCGGCGCGCCGACAACCGCGAGGGCCUCAUCCCGGCCAACUAUGUGACCAAGCGCACCGCUGUGAAGCUGAACGCCAUGCCCUGGUUUCAUGGCAAAAUAUCGCGGGAGCAGGCGGAGGGGCUGUUGACGCCGCGCGAGGACGGCCUCUUCUUGGUGCGUGAGUCCACCAACUUCCUCGGCGACUACACCCUGUGUGUCUGCUACCAGGGCAAAGUGGAGCACUACCGCGUCAUCUACAAGGACAACCAGCUCACCAUCGACGAGGAGGUGUUCUUCGAGAAUCUGACCAAGUUGGUGGAGCACUACAAUGAGGAUGCCGACGGUCUCUGCACCCAACUUAAGAGAAGUGUGCCGAAACAGGGCAAACAGGACUUCUCCAUCGACUCGAAGGCGUUCGAGGCGGCCGGCUGGGUCAUCCAGAAGGAGGAGCUCAAGCUGGGCGAGCCGAUCGGCAAGGGCGAGUUCGGUGACGUCCGCCUGGCCAUACUGCGCGACAAGGACAAGGUGGCCGUCAAGACGCUCAAGGACAGCAGCAAGGCCGUGCAGCAGUUCCUGGCCGAGGCGUCGGUCAUGACUUCGCUGCGGCAUCCGCACCUGGUCCUGCUUAUCGGCGUCGUGUUCGACGGCAACGUCACGUACCAGGUGAUGGAGUACAUGGCCAAGGGCAGCCUGGUGGACUACCUGCGAUCCCGAGGGCGGCUGCACGUUUCCAAGCUGGACCAGAUCAAGUUCGCGUGUGACACCUGCUCCGGGAUGGCCUACCUGGAGUCGAAGCGGCUCGUGCACCGCGAUCUGGCGGCGCGAAACGUGCUCAUCUCGGAGGCGGACGACGCCAAGAUCGCCGACUUCGGCCUGGCGCGCGAGGAGUGCUUCAACCAGGAGGGCGGCAAGUUCCCCAUCAAGUGGACUGCGCCCGAGGCGCUGAAGGAGAGCAAAUUCUCCAACAAGUCUGACAUGUGGAGUUUCGGCGUGCUGCUCUGGGAGAUCUACUCGUUUGGACGCGUGCCGUACCCACGCAUCCCCCUCUCGGACGUGGUGCGAUACGUGGCCAGCGGCUACCGCAUGGAGGCGCCCGAGUGGUGUCCGCCAGAGGUCUACCAGAUCAUGAAGGAGGCCUGGGGAGCCGACCCGGAGGCGCGGCCCACCUUCUACGAGGUGGAGCGGCGCCUGCAGGCCAUCAAGGUGUCCAUCAACAGCUGAGUGCCGCCGCCGCCGCCGCCUCCAUACGUGCCGCCGUCCUGCCCCGCCCCCGUCUACGGCGGAUCGGACCGGGCGACAUGCCUGCCCCCGUCCCGCCGCCCCUCCUUCCCCGCCGCUGUCGGAGCUGUGCUGGUCACCGGGCGUUUUUUUAUUACCAUUUGGACAGGUUGUUAAGUAGGUACUUAUACUUAGGGCUCCGCGUUGCGCCGCGCGGGGCGCGACUUCGAUUGUGAUUAUGUGAGAAGAGCCUGCUACUGACCGUCGCUGCCCGCGCCGCCGUGUCUGUACAUCCCAUCUGCUUACGCUUCUGUCUGUCGGUGUCUAAUUGCUCGGGUGCAUGAUGAGCAGCGGUUUUGUACUAGGCCAAAGAGCGGUGUCUGUUGUUUGGACUGAGCCGGCCGCGGCGGUCGGCGGCUGCCGGCGAGGUGGCGGUUCACUAAGCUCAAACGGUUAUGUAUUCCACCAGUGUUCUCGGACACUGCGGACGCUUUUAUACACUCCGACUUGGCUUUGGCGCCGGUGAAUGCCCAAGUCCGCGGUGAGAUGAAAUAUAGCGGAAUGCGAGAGACGGCU